AUUGACUACCGCAUUGUCGGUGUGUAGCAGCAGCAAACGCUGUUAAUUUUUGUUGGCAUGACUUCUACUGACUUAUCCUGUGUGCUGAAGAUCUUGCACUCAGUUUAUCGUAAAGUGGAGACGCUAGAGGGUUUUGCAGAUGGCAUCGUGUUCAAAGAGGGGCAGAAACCACGGGUCAUUGAACAGUCUGACACCACACGAUUCUCAUCAUUCGUCCGAGGCAUUUAUGUCUGCUCCGACAAGGAGCUGCAGCAAGUGCCAAGUAAUACCCAGAUAUGCACCCUGCCUGAUCUGUUGGCCUUUGUGCUUAACAAUCUGAAGCGAAAGAAGAGAAAGAAUGUCUUAAUACAUGGCUACAACUUCCUGCCUCAUAAUGAACAGCAGAGGAACGCAGACGUGUUUAAAUUCCAAGGAGACGUUACUCAAAGUGCCGCCUACAUCCAUGGCAGUGACCUGUGGAAGAAAGUCACCCAACGCCUUGGCACUGACAUUACACGCUACCUUCUGGAAAACUGUUCUCUGUUUGUGGCAGUUCCUCCAUCUUGUCUUUUCCAGGUGUGUGGUUUGCCAAUUUAUGACCGCAUUUCCAUGGCUUCCACUGUUACAGGAAUAACUUUUCAAUCCCAACACAAUGCCAGAAAGGCCAGACGAGCAAAAAUCACUAUCAAAACAUGUCAUAAAUUGUGCAAAAGUAAAAUGGAUCAUGGAAACCAGGAAAGAAAAAGAAAAAGAGAAAUGAAUGGGUAUGAUGAUGAAGAUGUACAGAAACCUGCUAAAAGACAACUUGUUGGCAAUCAAAACAUAGCAGAAGAUGAGCCCAUGUUCCUUGAUUCAACGCAAUUUACAAAAUCUUUGGAAAACAGCACCGGAACUGGUUUAAAGGAGGAAGGGGGGCCAAGUUGGAGAUCAGGUACCUACCCCCCUUUGCCUCCAUCACACUGUUUCUUCCGCACUUUAGGAUUUCUCUAUGGAGGCAGUGGCAUGCGUGGCUUCCUCCUCAACAGAAAGAAGAAAGAUGCAGAGGGGAUUAAACGCUUACAAGGGAAAGAUUUGAUUCGAAUCAUCUUCUUUGAAGGUCUCGGUUAUUUAAAUGGAGUUAAAAAAAAAACUAAGAAACUACCUCAAAGAUUUUUCAACAUGGUGCCAGUGUUUAAUCAGCUGUUGAGGCAUCACAGAAGGUUUCCAUACGGGCGCAUUUUGCAGAAGCUGUGUCCCUCUCUACAACAGGCAGAUCCCAGGCAAGGGGAGCUCAGCUCUCUCCUGUCCCAGCAUUGUGCAGCUCAUCGGGUCUACCUGUUUGUCAGGGAGUGCCUCACAGCUGUCAUCCCUCAGCACUUGUGGGGCUCGGACCAAAACAGAGUUAAUUUUCUGGCCCGUGCCAGAGGUUUCCUGUCAGGUGGGAAGUUUGACAAGCUCUCACUUGCUGACCUGCUGUGGAAAAUUAAAGUGAAUGACUGUGAGUGGGUAAAGAUAAGCAAAACUGGUCGUGUCCCUCCAAGUGAGCUUGCAUAUCGAACACAGAUUUUGGGUCAGUUCCUGGCAUGGCUUUUAGACGGAUAUGUGGUGGGUCUUGUCAGAGCCUGUUUUUAUGUCACUGAGAGUGUGGGACUAAAGAAUGCAUUGAGAUUCUACAGACAGGAAAUCUGGGCCAAACUGCAGGACUUGGCUUGCAGAGGCCAUCUCUCAAAAGGUCAGAUGACUGAGUUGACCGCUGCUCAGGUGGCCUUACUGCCCAAAUCCACAGUCAUUUCCAGACUCCGCUUCAUUCCCAAGAAUGAGGGAAUGAGGCCAAUCACAAGGGUCAUUGGAGCUGACGUCAAAACAAGACUGUACAGAGGCCAUGUCCGUGACCUCUUGGAUAUGUUGCGGGCUUGUGUGCGCGCCUAUCCAUCCAUACUGGGCUCCACAGUUUGGGAUAUGACUGACAUCCACAAACGAAUAACUUCUCUGGCAUCACAACAAAAAGAAAAAACACAACCACUGUACUUUGCUAAGGUGGAUGUGAGUGGAGCUUAUGACAGCCUGCCACAUGAUAAACUCAUUGAGGUCAUUACUCAGGUCCUGACACCUUUUCUGGAUGAAAUAUUCACCUUACGACGCUAUGCCAAGGUCUGGUCUGAUGCACAUGAGGGUCUGAAAAAAACAUUUGUGAGACAGGCAUUUUUGCUUGAUGAUAACAUGGGCUCUAGCAAUAUGAAGAGCUUUGUGUCCUCUCUGCAAAUGUCAGGAAACAUUCAUCAUUCCAUACUGGUAGAGCAGCACUUCUCCUCAGAUCUUCAUGGCAAGGAUGCAUUACAGUUUUUUACUCAAAUGCUUACUGGAACCAUUGUUCACCUUGGCAAAAAAACAUACCGCCAGUGCAGAGGAGUUCCCCAAGGGUCUGUUGCCUCUAGUCUACUAUGUUGUCUGUGCUAUGGUCAUAUGGAGAACAUUCUGUUUGAUAAUAAAGGCAAAACCAAAGGAUGUUUACUGAGAUUUGUGGAUGAUUUUCUUCUCAUCACGCCAGACCUACAUGAAGCACAAGCAUUUCUGAAGUAAGAGUCAAAAUGACUUUUGCUGCCUGGAGUGCCACAGUAUGGUCUGGUCAUCAACCCACAGAAAGUGGUAGUCAACUUCAAGGUUUCAGAAACUGCAGCCAUUUGUCCUGAAAUCCGCGUUCUGCCCCCUCGUUGCAUGUUCCCCUGGUGUGGUCUGCUGCUGGACACAUGCUCCCUGGAUGUCUACAAGGAUUACUCCAGCUAUGCAGGUCUAUCACUGCGUUACAGCCUCACUUUGGGCUUUUUCCAUUCAGCAGGACAACAAAUGAAGAGGAAGCUGAUGGGGAUACUCCGACUGAAGUGUCAUGCUCUGUUUUUAGACCUAAAGACAAAUUCUGUUGAGGCAGUCUAUCAGAACAUCUACAAGCUGGUCCUCCUUCAUGCAUGCAGGUUCCACGUAUGCGCCCAGAGUUUGCCCUUUGGUCAAACGGUUGCCAAGAACCCCAACUACUUCUUGCAAAUGAUCUGGGACAUGGCAGAAUAUGCAAAUCAGCUCAUUAGGAAAAGCAACAAAGGCCAGACUUUGGGCACUAAAGCACAAACAGGCAUCAUUCAAUAUGAAGCAGUGGAGUUGAUUUUCUGCCUUUGCUUUCUGCUUGUCCUGUCUCAACACCGUUGGCUGUACAAAGCUGUCCUUCCUCCACUCCAACAUCGAAAACGCAGUCUGCAGCAACGCCUUGGCGAUCUAAGAGUUGCCAGAGUCAGACAAGCUGUAGGUGGUGGGAUUCCUGAAGAUUUUUUUGGUGUUCGGAUUUAGAGGUAUUUUGAAGUCCAGAUAUAUUUUUGAGGGGAAUAUUAAAUGCUCACUCCCCCAAAGUAAUUGUUUUUCCACUUUGGACCAUAAUAACUACAUAAAUUGAUCACCAGAAUUUUACUUUUUUACAGAUAUUGUGUUAAAAGCACAGACAGUCUUAAUAUGUGAUUUAUACCAAACAAAUGGUGAAGUGCAGCAAAGUCUAACAAACAUUCAGGGCCCUGACAUAAACCACUUAAGUGAUAAACCUUGGUUGUAAACACACCUUACAAAAGGAUGACCUUGGCCACAUCUUUGAAUUACAAUGGUUGUGGUACUUUUCCACACAGGCACUUAACCUGUUGCUUUGCACUGUUGUCCUUGUGAGCUUGUCAUCUGUGACAUGUCAACAUGUUAAACCUGUUUUCAUUUGAUCCCUUAAUAUUUGCAAGGGGAACCAACAUAAAGCAUGUUUUUAUUCCUAAUAAACAAUGUUUAGAUCUCGCAAACUCCUACAAAUUCCAUCAGCACCUGAAUCUACAUAAAAAAGAUAAUUG